CUACACCUUUAGCCAUGGCCGAUGUAGCUGCCAUACAGCAGCUUACUGUUCCUUCUACCUCCCCCGGACCCGACACUAGAAUACAAGAAGCCUCAACUCCCUCCAUGGAUCUCGCCGUCUCAACUGGCGCCGACACCUCACUCGCGACAAGCUCUACUGACGGAGCAGACCCUGAAAAGAAAACAAAGAAGAUAAUCCGCCGAAAGCGAAGACCAGCCCGGCCACAAGUCGAUCCAGCAACGGUAAAAUCCGAGCCUCCACCGCAAACAGGCACCAUAUUCAACAUCUGGUACAAUAAAUGGUCUGGUGGCGAUCGCGAAGAUAAAUACCUUUCACAACAACCUGCUCCUUCACGCUGUAACAUAGCCCGUGACAGCGGCUACACGCGUGCGGACAAAGUUCGUGGUUCAUACUUUUGCCUCUUCUUUGCACGCGGCCUGUGCCCCAAGGGUCAUGAAUGUGACUACCUACAUCGUCUACCCGGCUUGCAUGACCUGUUCAAUCCAAACGUGGACUGUUUCGGCCGUGACAAACACAGUGAUUACCGAGAUGACAUGGGCGGCGUCGGGAGCUUUAUGAGGCAGAACAGAACACUAUACAUUGGGAGAAUACAUGUCUCAGAUGACAUCGAGGAAAUCGUCGCGAGACAUUUUGCUGAAUGGGGCCAGGUGGAACGCAUCCGUGUGUUGAAUUCUCGAGGCGUGGCGUUUGUGACGUAUACCAAUGAAGCAAAUUCACAGUUCGCCAAGGAGGCAAUGUCGCAUCAGAGCCUAGAUCAUAAUGAGGUACUCAAUGUGCGGUGGGCCACGGUUGAUCCGAACCCGUUGGCUCAGAAGAGGGAUGCACAACGAAUUGAGGAGCAGGCGGCAGAGGCAGUGAGAAAGGCGUUACCAGCAGAGUUUGUGGCAGAGCUGGAGGGGAGAGAUCCUGAGGCGAGGAAGCGGAAGAAGAUUGAGGGGAGUUUUGGGCUCAGUGGUUAUGAACCCCCUGAUGAGGUUUGGUACGCCCGUACUAGGGAGUUGGAACAGGAGAAGGAGGCACGACAGAUUGAGGCUUCGGAAGCUCGUUUGAUUGAGGAUGCCCCAGCAGCGACGCAGCAGCAAGUGGAAGGUGGUAGUUGUGGAAUAUUAUGUAGCUCCACGCUGAGUGCAUUGAAUGGGUUUACAGAUGGAAGUUUUAUCACAACGCAAGCAGCUCCAGCUUCCAGUGGUCCACUAGUGGCUUAUGAUAGUGAUGAUAGCGAUUGAUUUUGUAGGUUAGAUUUUCAAAUAUGAUUGUAUGUACUGUACAAUAGUCUUUUUAAAUCCUUGAGGCACUAUUCU